AUGAUGCCCCAGAAGAAAAAGAGGAGAAAGAAAGACAUUGACUUCCUAGCCCUGUAUGAGCAGGAGCUGCUGAACUACGCCUCAGGAGACGACGAGGAGGAGCUGGAGCACGAUUACUACAAGGCCAAAGUGUACGAGGUGGUCACAGCCACGGGGGACGUUCGUGGUGCAGGGACAGAUGCCAAUGUCUUCAUCACCAUUUUUGGAGAGAAUGGGCUCUCUCCCAAGCUCCAUCUCACCAGCAAGAGUGAAUCUGCCUUUGAGAAAGCCAACGUUGAUGUGUUCCGAGUAAGAACCAACAAUGUGGGCCUCAUCUACAAAAUCAGGAUCGAGCAUGACAACACAGGCUUGAACGCCAGCUGGUACCUGGACCGUGUCAUUGUGACCGACAUGAAGCGGCCUCACCUCCGUUACUACUUCAACUGCAACAACUGGCUGAGCAAAGUGGAGGGUGAUCGCCAGUGGUGCCGUGACCUGCUGGCCAGCUUCAACCCCAUGGACAUGCCCCGAGGUAACAAGUAUGAAGUCAAAGUGUACACUGGUGAUGUCCUUGGUGCGGGGACUGAUGCUGACGUCUUCAUCAAUAUCUUUGGAGAGUAUGGAGACACAGGUGAGCGUAGGCUGGAGAAUGAAAAGGACAACUUUGAAAAGGGGGCUGAAGACAAGUUCAUGUUGGAUGCCCCCGACCUGGGGCAGCUCAUGAAGAUCAAUGUUGGCCACAACAACAAGGGGGCAUCUGCGGGCUGGUUCCUGUCCAAGGUUGUCAUUGAAGAUAUUGGGAACAAAAGAAAAUACGAUUUUCCUCUCAACCGCUGGCUGGCCUUGGAUGAAGAUGACGGCAAAAUCCAGAGGGAUAUCUUAGUGGGUGGAGCUGAGACCACAGCCAUAUCCUACGUUGUCACCGUCUUCACUGGGGAUGUCCGGGGGGCCGGGACCAAAUCCAAAAUCUACUUGGUCAUGUAUGGGGCCAGAGGGAAUAAGAACAGCGGGAAGAUCUUCCUGGAGGGCGGUGUGUUUGACCGUGGCCGCACAGAUAUCUUCAAUAUUGAGUUGGCUGUCCUCCUCAGCCCCCUGAGCCGGGUUUCCAUAGGACACAGCAAUGUGGGCGUCAACAGAGGCUGGUACUGUGAGAAGGUGGUGAUUCUGUGCCCCUUCACUGGCAUCCAGCAGACCUUCCCUUGCAGCAACUGGCUGGAUGAGAAGAAGGCGGAUGGACUGAUCGAGAGGCAGCUCUAUGAGAUGGUGUCUCUCAGGAAGAAGAGAUUGAAAAAAUUCCCAUGGUCCCUGUGGGUCUGGACAACCGACUUGAAGAAAGCUGGUUCCAACUCUCCUAUCUUCAUCCAGAUUUAUGGGCAGAAAGGGCGGACAGAUGAGAUCCUUCUGAAUCCCAACAACAAGUGGUUCAAACCCGGCAUAAUUGAGAAAUUUAGGAUUGAGCUCCCAGACCUUGGCAGGUUUUAUAAGAUUCGGGUAUGGCAUGAUAAAAGGAAUCCUGGUUCUGGAUGGCAUUUAGAAAAGAUGACCCUGAUGAACACUCUGACCAAGGACAAGUAUAACUUCAACUGUAAUCGCUGGCUGGAUGCCAAUGAGGAUGACAAUGAGAUCGUUAGGGAAAUGACUGCUGAAGGCCCAACAGUACGGAGGAUAAUGGGCAUGGCCCGGUACCGCGUGACUGUGUGCACUGGGGAACUCGAAGGUGCAGGAACGGAUGCCAACGUCUAUCUCUGCCUUUACGGUGACGUGGGGGACACAGGGGAGCGGCUGCUCUACAACUGCAGGAAUAACACCGACCUGUUUGAGAAGGGCAAUGCCGAUGAGUUCACCAUCGAGUCUGUCACCAUGCGGAAGGUGAGGCGGGUGAGGAUCAGACACGACGGCAAAGGCAGUGGCAGCGGCUGGUUCCUGGAGCGGGUGCUGGUGAGAGAGGAGGGGCAGCCUGAGAGCGACAACGUGGAGUUCCCGUGUCUCAGGUGGCUGGACAAGGAUAAGGAUGAUGGACAGUUGGUCCGAGAGUUGCUGCCCAGCGACAGCAAUGCGACACUGAAGAACUUCCGCUAUCACAUCAGCUUGAAGACGGGGGACGUCCCUGGGGCCAGCACAGACUCGAGAGUCUACAUCAAGCUCUACGGGGACAAAUCUGACACCAUUAAGCAAGUUCUUCUCGUCUCUGACAACAACCUGAAAGACUAUUUUGAACGUAGCCGAGUGGAUGAGUUCACCCUGGAGACCCUCAACAUUGGAACUAUCAACCGGCUGGUGAUCGGGCACGACAGCACGGGCAUGCAUGCCAGUUGGUUCCUGGGCAGUGUCCAGAUUCGCGUGCCCCGCCAAGGCAAGCGGUAUACCUUCCCUGCCAACCGCUGGCUGGACAAGGACCAGGCUGACGGGCGCCUGGAGGUGGAGCUCUACCCCAGCGAGGUGGUGGACAUCCAGAAAUUGAUCCACUACGAGGUUGAGGUUUGGACCGGGGAUGUAGGUGGAGCAAGCACCACUGCCCGAGUAUUCAUGCAGAUUUAUGGUGAGGAAGGCAAGACAGAAGUGCUCUUACUCUCCAGCCGCUCGAAGGUGUUUGAACGGGCGUCCAAGGACACAUUUCAGCUGGAGGCGGCGGACGUGGGCCAGGUCUUCAAGAUCCGGCUGGGCCACACGGGUGAGGGCUUCAACUCCAGCUGGUACGUGGACACCGUGUGGCUGCGGCACCUGGCGGUGCGGGAGGAGGACCUCACACCCGAGGAGGAGGCGCGCAGGAAGAAGGAGAAGGACAGGCUGCGGCAGCUGCUCAGGAAGGAACGUCUGAAAGCCAAGCUGCAGAGGAAGAAGAAAAAGAAGAAAAAGAAGGAGGAGGGCAGCGACGAGGAGGAUGAGGAGGAGGAGUCCUCGUCGGAGGAGGAGUCCUCGUCUGAGGAAGAGGAGGAGGAGACCGAGGAGGAAGAAGAGGAGGAGGAGCUGGAGCCCGGGAUGCAGGAGGUGAUCCAGGAGUACAAGUUCGAUGCCCACCGCUGGCUGGCCCGGGGCAAAGAGGACAACGAGCUGGUGGUGGAGCUGGUGCCCGCGGGCCAAGAGGGUCCUGAACCCAACACCUACGAGAUACAGGUGAUCACGGGGAAUGUGCCCAAGGCUGGCACUGAUGCCAACGUCUUCCUGACCAUCUACGGGGAGGAAUACGGGGACACAGGCGAGCGGCCCCUGAAGAAGUCAGACAAGUCCAACAAGUUUGAGCAGGGACAGACAGAUACCUUCACCAUCUAUGCCAUUGAUCUGGGGCCCCUGACCAAGAUUCGGAUUCGCCAUGACAACUCAGGCAACAGACCAGGCUGGUUCCUAGACAGAAUAGACAUCACUGACAUGAACAAUGAGAUCACGUACUACUUCCCGUGCCAACGCUGGCUGGCUGUGGAGGAGGACGAUGGCCAGCUGUCCAGGGAGCUGUUGCCAGUGGACGAGUCCUGUGUGCUGCCACCAAGCACGGAGGAGGGCGGGGGAGGUGGUGACAACGCCCCCCUCGACAACCUGGCCCUGGAGCAGAAAGAUAAAUCUACCACAUUUUCAGUGACCAUAAAGACUGGGGACAAGAAGAAUGCUGGUACCGAUGCCAAUGUCUUCAUCACACUCUUUGGCACUCAAGAUGACACUGGAAUGACCCUCCUGAAAUCCUCCAAGACCAACAGCGACAAGUUUGAGAGGGAUAGCAUCGAAAUCUUCACAGUGGAGACCCUGGACCUGGGAGAUCUGUGGAAAGUCAGAAUCGGUCAUGACAACACAGGCAAGGCUCCAGGCUGGUUUGUAGACUGGGUAGAGGUGGACGCCCCAUCCCUUGGCAAGUGCAUGACGUUCCCCUGUGGCCGCUGGUUGGCCAAGAAUGAAGAUGACGGCACCAUCGUCAGGGACCUUUUCCACGCAGAGCUUCAGACAAGGCGGUACACACCAUUUGUCCCUUACGAGAUCAUCCUCUACACCAGUGAUGUCUUUGCUGCUGGGACAGACGCCAACAUCUUCAUCGUCAUCUAUGGCUGCGAUGCCGUGUGCACCCAGCAGAAGUACCUGUGCACCAACAAGAGGGAGCAGAAGCUGUUCUUUGAGAGGAAGUCCGCCUCCCGCUUCAUAAUGGAGUUAGAAGACGUGGGAGAAAUCAUUGAAAAAAUUCGGAUUGGCCAUGAUAAUACGGGCAUGAAUCCUGGUUGGCACUGCUCCCACGUGGACAUCCGCCGGCUCCUCCCAGAUAAAGAUGGUACAGAGACCUUGACUUUCCCUUGUGAUCGAUGGCUUGCCACUUCGGAGGAUGACAAGAAGACCAUUCGAGAACUGGUCCCUUAUGACAUCUUCACCGAGAAAUACAUGAGAGAUGGGUCUUUAAGGCAAGUCUACAAGGAAGUGGAGGAGCCUCUGGACAUUGUGCUGUACUCGGUGCAGAUCUUCACAGGAAAUGUUCCCGGGGCGGGGACAGACGCCAAGGUCUACAUCACCAUCUAUGGGGACCUCGGGGACACCGGGGAGCGGUACCUGGGCAAGUCAGAGAACCGCACCAACAAGUUUGAGAGAGGAAAGGCCGACACCUUCAUCAUCGAGGCUGCGGACCUGGGCGUCAUCUACAAGAUCAAGCUCCGCCAUGACAACACCAAGUGGUGCGCAGACUGGUACGUGGAGAAGGUGGAGAUCUGGAACGACACCAACGAGGAUGAGUUCCUGUUCCUGUGCGGACGCUGGCUGUCCCUGAAGAAGGAGGACGGGCAGCUGGAGAGGCUCUUUUAUGAGAAGGAGUAUAGCGGGGACCGGAGCAGCAACUGCAGCAGCCCCGCUGACUUCUGGGAGAUCACCCUGAGCUCCAAGAUGGCCGACAUCGACAUCGCCACAGUGACGGGGCCCAUGGCUGACUAUGUUCAGGAGGGCCCAGUUAUUCCCUACUACGUGUCAGUCACCACGGGGAAGCACAGGGAUGCAGCCACCGACAGUCGGGCCUACGUCAUCCUCAUCGGGCAGGAGGACGAGCGCAGUAACCGCAUCUGGCUGGACUAUCCCCGGGGGAAGAAGGGCUUCACCUGCGGCUCUGUAGAGGAGUUCUAUGUUGCCGGCUUGGAUGUUGGCGUCAUCAAAAAAAUAGAGCUGGGCCAUGACGGGGCCUCCCCCGAGAGCUGCUGGCUGGUGGAGGAGCUGUGCUUGGCCGUGCCCACCCAGGGGACCAAAUACAUACUGCGCUGCAAUUGCUGGCUUGCCAAGGACCGAGGAGAUGGCGUCACCUCCCGUGUCUUCGACCUCCUGGAUGCCAUGGUGGUGAACAUCGGGGUGAAGGUGCUCUACGAAAUGACGGUGUGGACAGGGGACGUGGUGGGCGGUGGCACCGACUCCAGCAUCUUUAUGACCCUUUAUGGCAUCAACGGCAGCACAGAAGAAGUGCAGCUGGACAAGAAGAAGGCCAGAUUUGAGCGGGAGCAGAAUGACACCUUCAUCAUGGAGAUCCUGGACAUUGCCCCAUUCACCAAGAUGAGGAUCCGAAUUGAUGGCCUGGGCAGCCGGCCUGAGUGGUUCCUGGAGAGGAUCCUCCUGAAGAACAUGAACACGGGAGACCUGACCAUGUUCUACUAUGGAGACUGGCUGUCCCAGCGGAAGGGCAAGAAGACGCUGGUGUGCGAGAUGUGUGCCGUCAUCGAUGGGGAGGAGAUGAUGGAGUGGACGUCCUACACUGUCUCAGUGAAGACCAGUGACGUCCUGGGAGCGGGCACCGAUGCCAACGUGUUCAUCAUUAUCUUCGGGGAGAACGGGGACAGCGGGACCCUGGCCCUGACGCAGUCGGCCAACUGGAACAAGUUCGAGCGGAACAGCACUGACACGUUCAACUUCUCCGACAUGCUGAGCCUGGGCCACCUCUGCAAGCUGAGAGUUUGGCACGACAACAAAGGGAUAUUUCCUGGCUGGCACCUGAGCCAUGUCGACGUGAAGGACAAUUCCCGCGACGAGACCUUCCGCUUCCAAUGUGACUGCUGGCUCUCCAAGAGUGAGGGCGACAGGCAGACGGUCCGCGAUUUUGCCUGCGCCAACAAUGAGAUCCAUGACGAGCUGGAGGAGACCACCUACGAGAUCGUCAUAGAAACCGGCAACGGAGGCGAAACCAGGGAGAACGUCUGGCUCAUCCUGGAGGGCAGGAAGAAUCGGUCCAAAGAGUUUCUCGUGGAGAAUUCUUCUAGACAGCGGGCCUUCAGGAAGGGGACAACAGACACAUUUGAGUUCGACAGCGUCUACUUGGGGGACAUUGCCUCCCUCUGCGUGGGCCACCUUGCCAGGGAGGACCGGUUCAUCCCCAAAAGAGAGCUGGUCUGGCACGUCAAAACCAUCACCAUCACCGAGAUGGAGUAUGGCAACGUGUAUUUCUUCAACUGCGACAGCCUCAUACCCCUCAAGAGGAAGAGGAAGUACUUCAAGGUCUUCGAGGUCACCAAGACUACGGAGAGCUUUGCCAGCAAGGUCCAGAGCCUGGUGCCGGUCAAGUACGAGGUCAUCGUGACGACCGGCUAUGAGGCAGGGGCGGGCACUGAUGCCAAUGUCUUUGUGACCAUCUUUGGGUCCAACGGCGACACAGGCAAGCGGGAGCUGAAGCAGAAGAUGCGCAACCUGUUUGAGCGGGGCAGCACUGACCGCUUCUUCCUGGAGACGCUGGAGCUGGGCGAGCUGCGCAAGGUACGCCUGGAGCACGACGGCAGCGGCUACUGCUCAGGCUGGCUGGUGGACAAGGUGGAGGUCACCAACACCAGCACCGGGGUGGCCACCAUCUUCACCUGUGGCAGGUGGCUGGACAAGAAGCGGGGCGAUGGGCUCACUUGGAGGGACCUCUUCCCUUCCGUCUGAGGGCUGCAAGCCCUCCCUCUCCAUUUGCACCAACUCGCCCUGGCCACACCUGCCACCCUCAACCAGGGCUUUCAGGAGUCCUUUCCUGAAAGCCUCCUGGAGCUGGGACUGAGGGGCCAGAGUUCCAUGAUCCUUCGGAGGUCACUGUGGGUGACGGCUGGUGGAAUCCCGCCCUCUCCCGGGUCUCCUGAAUCUAUAGGAAUCCAUCAACGUGUGUCAUAAUCUGUGGCUGCCCCAAAAUAAGUUUUGGCAUUUUCUUUUUCAAUAACAGUAGUGACCAGGCUGAGAUGGGCUGGGCAUGAAUGGGAAAUUGGGGCUUCACCCAGGGGAUAGAAGUGGGGAAGAAGAGGUCCUCAAAGUGAUGUAUUUUAAGCAAGAACUAAUUAACACUUUUUUCCCAAAAAAAAAAAAAAAAAAAAAAAACUGGGCUAAUUAAAUUAUUACCAACCACACCCCACAAUGAAUUCAUCUGGGCAUCUGCUCACUUAGAAACACAUCCUUUUCCCCAGUUUCAAUAAAUCCAGCAGCCAAUGGAGAAAAACAUCAGGAGAAAGAAUUUUAGCUGAAAGGAUUUAUAAGCCUGUGAACAGAUACCUGAUUCUUUCCAUCACUUUUCAAAGAACACAUUACCAAGUGCCUGCGGCUGCCCCAGCCAGAAAUAACACAAUUGAGACACAGAGACCUGAGCAACAGUCGAAGGGAGAGGUCGCCUGGAGCAGCCUGGUCCCUGCUGCACAGGGGCUGGGAGGGCAGGGGGACAUCAGUGGUGUUUAGCACCUGUCACCUGUGCCUUGCUGUGGGCAAUGUGGACUGAAAGCUGAGAAGGGACUGGAAGAAAAUAAAGGUGUGGUCUCUGCCCUUGAGGGGGAUGACACUGAUGGAGAGGCAGCUGGAGAGCCACAUAUCUGUGUGUGUGCACACAUGUGCGUGCACGCACACACAUGCACAGGUGCUCGCACACACAGACACACUGCCUGAUCAACCAUCACAAGAGUGCUGCAGAACUCAGCCCCUGACUUCUCCUUUUCCUGCAGACAGUGGGGUGGGACUGAGCAGAAAGGUGCAUCAGGCCAGGAAGUCGUCCUGUAGGAGGCACCCAGUAUCAGCACUUCUGCCGUGUCACCACAGGGCCUCUAACCCAGACAGGUAUAAACUUGGUGAGGCUUCCUGGCUCUGCGCUCUCAGAGACCCUUGGAGAGAGGCGGCCGCAGUAAGCACAGGCCAAGAGGCAGCAAGAAGCAGGCUUGAGUCCCAGCUCUUCCUUUUCCCUUUUGGGAGAGAUUGGGCACAUAAUCUCAUGUCUCAGGCCUCAGUUUUCUCAUCUGUUAAAUAGGAAGAGUAACACCGACUUCGUAGGUUAUUAUGAAGACUAAGUGAGUUAAAAUGCAGACCAGUUAAUUCAGAGCCUGCAAUGAAGGGUUUGUCCAUUAUAUUGAAUAAGCAGGACUCUAGGGGCUGGGGUAGGAUGGGGGACCAGUAAUCAUUAAACAGCUUUCUCUAUAUCUUUUUCUGGAGCUGGUUCUUCCCCUGUCCCUGGACGAAAAUUAAGGCAAGCCUCAUAACUCUUCUGGACUCUCGUAGGUAAUAAAACGUCCAACAGCCACUUUAAAGCCACAAAGUCCAUCUCAGUUCUGUAAUUUAAAUGUUUGGCUCCAGUACAAAGACCAGAGCAUUCUACUUAGAGUUGAGUCUCCUCCCAUCCCCCAGCUCAGUCCAGUCCCAAGCGGGAACCGAAGUGAGAAAACAGGAGUGUGCGUGUGUGUCAGUGUGCACACGUGUGUGUAUGAGUUUGGGGUCACCCUCACCUCCUGUGCCCACUUUGCACGUUUACUCCUGACCCUGAUACCCCACCCCUGGGGGAGGGAGGAGAGGCGGAAAGGGCGGCUUCCUGCUGGGGGCACUGUUGUGGACGGGGUCCUGCUUCCUGGACUUGCAGCGCCUGGAGACUUCCUCCCACGAGCGCUUGUGUGGGCUCCGUCUCAGGCCCCCCACCUCCCUCUCCCACUGUGUCGUGCUUAGAAUCCAAGACACCCACAAGGAGGCUCUCUGGCAUCCUUUGCUCUAACAAACCCUGGGCACUCGGGCCACUCUGCCAUCAGCAGUCAGUCUGCCCAUCCCUCACUCCCACAGUCUCUCUGGAUGCGCAGGGCGCUGUGUCCUCAGCUGAGAUGGACACAUCCCCCUCUCCAAAUAGCCCCAUUGAAACCCCAGUCACAGCCUUGGGCAAAAGGGCAGCCAAAGGGAAGGAAGGGGUACUCCCUGCCCACCCUCAGCUCUUUCUGAAAGCACUGCCCUCGUAUCCAUGCCCACCCCCUUCUCAAGCUCUCCGUCUGUCCGUCCUCUGUUAUACCUGGAGGGUGAUGCUUAGCUCAAAGUUAAAAGCUUUCUGCUCUGUCCUCUGGCAAGCGCUACUCCAACUGAGUGUGGAAUGUAGCAUCUAUUGUUGAUCCAGCCAAGACUGGGAGGGGAAAGGCCCUGUGUU